CGGCUAAAUUUGUCAACAGAAGUCACUCCCGUGUCUCGUGGGACGAUCAGGCAAUCUGAACCACUAGGAAGGAAUUCAUGAGCAGAAGACACGCGCUGUUUAUUCAGACUGUUUUAGAGAUCUUAAAGGUCGCUGUUUUAGAAGUACAAACUUUCUGGAUUGAUUAUGCAUUGUGUUAAAACCCUACGGGCAUCCAGAACUGGUAUUCUGUUCAUUAGGAACACUAGAAAUUUGGACAGAAGACACUCACCUGCUUGGCUGUUGCACACGAGCGCAUCUCCAGGACAGCAUCCACGCCAUCAGCACGUGAUCACAGAGACGGACGCCGCGACGUACAGUAAGAAGAAUGUUUCUGGGUUGGAGGACAUGUUGUUCUACACUAUCACUCAUGGAGAAGAGAAAAUCUCAGUGGGACGUUUCCUGGCUGCACUCAGGAGCACAGGCUUGCUGACCUCUGACCCCCGUUUGAAAGACUGCAUGCGGCAGAUCAACCAAGCUGUCCAGGAGUCUGUUGGAACAGCAAUGAUGGACCAGGAGCUGUUCAGAAAAUGUGUUGGCAGUAACAUAGUCCUCCUGACUCAAGCUUUCCAAAGGAAGUUUAUCAUUCCAGAAUUCGAAGCAUUUACCUCUCUCAUAAACCAUCUGUAUUAUAACGCACAGGCUCAGAAAGGAGGGAAAGUAGCAAACUACAUCCCACAGUUAGCUAAGUUCAGUCCGGACCUGUGGGGAGUUUCUCUGUGCACAGUGGAUGGUCAAAGGCAUGCUAUAGGAGACAGCAGUACACCAUUCUGUCUGCAGUCAUGUGUGAAGCCUCUGGAGUAUGCGCUGGCUGUGCACGAGGCUGGCACUGAACAAGUGCACAGAUAUGUGGGGAAAGAACCCAGUGGCCUCAAAUUCAACAAACUCUAUUUAGAUGAAGAGGAUAAGCCCCAUAAUCCCAUGGUAAAUGCAGGAGCCAUUGUAAUCAGCUCUCUCCUAAAGCCUGGUUCCAACAAGGCAGAGAAGUUUGACUUUAUGAUGGAUUAUCUGAAUAGAAUGUCUGGCAGAGAAUAUGUUGCGUUCAGUAAUGCGACUUUCCAGUCAGAGAAAGAGACCGGUGACAGGAACUAUGCAAUUGGCUAUUAUCUCAAAGAGAAAAAAUGUUUUCCCAGUGGAGUUGACAUGAUGGCAGCCCUUGACUUCUACUUUCAGCUGUGUUCUAUCGAGGUGACAUGUGAGUCUGGAAGCGUUAUGGCAGCCACAUUGGCUAAUGGAGGCAUCUGUCCAAUCACAGACGAGCGUGUGCUCAGUGCCGAGGCCGUCCGGAACACUCUCAGUCUCAUGCACUCCUGUGGCAUGUACGACUUCUCCGGCCAGUUUGCCUUUCACGUGGGUUUGCCUGCCAAAUCUGGGGUGUCUGGUGCCGUGCUGCUCGUGGUUCCUAAUAUCAUGGGGGUUAUGUGCUGGUCUCCAGCUCUUGACCGUGUUGGCAAUAGCAUCCGAGGCAUCCACUUCUGCCAGGAGCUAGUGUCCCUCUUUAACUUCCACAACUAUGACAACCUGAGACACUUUACAAAGAAGUUAGACCCUCGCAGACAGACAGGCCACGAGAGGAACAAGUCUGUGGUGGACCUGAUGUUUGCUGCUUACACUGGUGAUGUUUCAGCUCUCAGGAGAAUCGCUCUCUCUGCGGUUAACAUGGAGUUGACUGACUAUGACACCCGUACUGCCUUACAUGUGGCCUCGGCGGAAGGGCAUUUGGAUACGGUCAAGUUUUUAACGCAUACCUGCAAAGUCAACCCCAAUGCAAAGGACAGAUGGGGGAACACACCUCUUGAUGACGCUAUGCAGUUUGGGCACAACGCCGUGGUCAAGGUACUACAAGAGUACCAGAGCAUUUACACACACACACUGAUGCCAGAGGAGCUCAGCGCAGACACGUGUCCCGAUUCCACCAUGGACGCAGACGAACUGAAGAGCAUGGAGACUCUGGAGGGUCUAGUAUGAGCAAGAACUACCAUGAACAUCCCAAACUUCAGUCUCUCAUGACUUCCGGAGAGCAUGGGUGUGAGAUUUAUGUCAAAGCCUGUGUAAGGACAUGCUGAGCAGGUGCACGCAGGUGUUACAGAGAUAGUGCUUCAAACCAAAGCUCUGCUGUAUGUAGACCUCAGCUAGCUUCUGUUGAUGGUUUAAGAUGGUCAUUGCUGUAGUCUCUCAGACCUCCAUCAGUCUAGUGUGGGAUUAUGAAUCUACCAAGUUCUUCCAGGUCAUUUCUGGUACAGCUCCUCAAGGAUAGUUUGGUUUUUGAUUGGACCAAUUUAGAAAUGCAGAAGCUUCCUUUCCCUUCACAUUUAUCACUGCAUAAGUAUUUUUACAUAAAGCACUUAACUUAGCCUUCAUAACUAGAUGCCAGAUUCACAAAACUUUCUUCAGAUUAAAAUUCUUUCUUAACUGCUAUUUUCUUCUUAGUUACUGACUGUAUUCUGUAUUCCCAAAAUACUUCAGAACAAUCUUUAAGAAAAGAGAAUCUUAAGCAUUCUUAAGACUAGAUGUAAGCAUUCAAAUUCUUAAGAAUGUUGUUUAAAUUCUUAAACCCCUAAAGAUGAGAUGUUUAAUUUAAUUUUUGGGGAUGUUUCAAAUAAUAAGCAUUUAUAAAAUGUAGCUUUUUGCAAUAUAAAAUACAGUAUUUUCCGGACUAUUAGUCGCACUUUUUUUCACAGUUUGGCUGGUCCUGGGACUUACAGUCAGGUGCGAUUUAUUUAUCAAAAUUAA